AUGGCCCGUUUGGUCGUGCUGUGGCUCUUCGGCCUGGGCUAUGUUGCAUGCGUCAAGGCAUCAGACCACCCGACUUGCGACUGCUGCGACGAGUACACUCUGCAUGCAUAUGCAGGCGAGCUGAAUCGACACUGCUUGCCAGCAUCCCUGCUGCGAAAGAAGCAGGAUAUCAUCGUUGGAGAGGCCCUUGACGGCAGUCCCAGCGUCCCAGAAGAGGCCCUGAGCAUUCUGUGUGCCAGUGCGCUUUGCCGAAGCAGCGUUCUCCGCUACUGGGCUAGAGUGCGCGGGUGCUCUGAAAGCAGCAGCUGGAAGCGUUUCGGCUUCGCUUGGGCUGCUGCGAAGGUGCGCUGCAUGCGCCUGCCGCAGGAGCGAGAACCUCAAGACGGCGCUCGAUAUCAGGUCCUCAUGCAAGCCACAUUCGGUCAAGAUGGCCAGCAGGCGAAAGAUGCAGCCAACUUGGAGCUCGCGUCAACGGCUAUCAAGCAGGCAGGAUGGGAUGUCUGGGAUGCGGAGCUCUACUCUCAAGGCGGUUUCUACCGUGGAUAUCAAGAAGACACAUCUGCACAAAGAGCACUUUUCACAUCCUUGAGACUCUCUUGCAUUGUCCUCAACUUCCGCAGCCUUGCCAUGAGCCUGUGGGUUGACCUGCAAGCAGAAGAAGUAAAGCAAAGCUCCAGGGUGCUCAAGGAGCUGGAUCUCAUUUUGCAGCGUGCUGGGCAAGUGCAGGAGAAGCAAUGGAUCGAGACGCGCCAGGCAGAAAUUCUGAUCGCGGUGACGAUUACCGUUUACGCCGUCUUUAUCGGCUUUGAGCUCGAGAUUGAAGCCAACCAUGCGGAUGUGGCAAGCACCCUUGCGCAGGCAUUUCUGAUUUGUCAUGUGGUGUUUAACACGGUCUUUGUGCUGGAGAUCGUUUUGCGUGUGCGAUCAGUUGGCAUAAGAUACUGCUCUCCGUUCAAUCCUGCUGGUUUUUUCGAUGCUGUCAUCAUUCUCAUUGGCACUGUUGAGAACAUUGUCUCGGUGGUGUUCGCGAUGAUGUCACAGGAUGGCAGCGGCUCUGUGCUCGCCAUCGCUGGCGUCAUGCGCAUCGUCCGUCUUCUGCGACUCGCCAGGCUUCUGCGUGGAUUCCUGGUCUGCCAAGAGUUGAGACUGUUAGUCACCGGCAUGAUGUUGGCUCUUCCAACCGUGGUCUGGGCUGGAGUGCUUUUUGCCAUUGUGGUAUACUUGGGGACUAUGUUUACGGUGAUACUGCUCGGCAAUAUUCCUGAACUUGAAGGUUACUUUGGCACAAUUGGGCUGGCACUGUGGACCCACUUUGUCAUCGUGACCAUGGAGACCUGGCCCGACAUCGCAGACACCGUUCUAUCUGUGGCAAGUCCACUCUGGGGCGUCUACUUCGUAGUAUUCAUCUGUAUCUCGAGCAUGUCGCUGAUGAACUUGGUCACGGGAGUCAUCGCCGAAAAGCUUCUGAGCACUAAAGAUGUUACCACAUCAGAAGACACCGAGGAUGAGAUGGAGGCCUUUCGUCAAGAAAAGGCUGCCUUCAAGCAGGACGUGUGUGAGUUACUGCUCUACGAAGACGACAUAGAUGUGGACAUAUUCGCGGGCUUGAUGGAGACGAUCAAAAUGAGAGCCUGGUUGCAAAAAUUGCAGGUGUCUCCUGAACUACCGGCCAACGAUCUGUUCAAUCUGCUCGACACAGAACGCAAUGGAAGCUUGUCGUUGGAUCAGCUCGUCGAAGGCAUGCUGAAUUUAAGGGGAUCCCGCUUGAGGGUGCAUUCCCUCCUCUUGCAGCAGGACUUGCGUCGAUAUUGCCAGGACGAGUUAGAUGCACUUACUGAAGUCGAAGCCAUUGUUCAGCGUCAGAUUUCGAAGAAUCUCACUUCCUUGAACCAGACCUUUCAGGAGGAACUGCAGAAUAUGCAGAAGCUAACAGAGCCAAGCUCAACUGCAGCAGGCGUAUGCCAGGAGAACUUCUCUGCUUGGAUGGCCGAGAAGGCAAGUCUGGAGCGCUUGGUCGCGGAGCUCGGGCUAUUGGCCGGUACGGGUGAUCACCGCAAGUGA